UUCCAGUUUGAGAUCGGUCUGCUGUUUGCAGUGACGCUGUCGUCAUUGGUGUGUCUGAGCCGUCUCUACACUGGAAUGCACUCAGUUCUGGAUGUCGUCUGCGGCUUCUUCAUCUCGGCUGUCAUCAUUCUGAUCACGUACCCUUUCUGGGACUCUUUUGACAGCUUCCAGCUGAACAGCCCCUUCUCCCCCGUUGUUACUCUGUCGCUGCUCCUCGUCCUCAGCUACUCGUACCCUGAACUGGACCAUUACACCACCACGAGAGGUGAUACCACCACUAUUCUGGGAGUGUGCGCCGGCUGCUCGGUGGGUUACUGGGUAAAUCAGCAGCUGGGGCGGACGUUCGAGCCCCAGGGGUUGUUACCUGUACCCUUCCCCACACUGACAGCCCUGUCUGUGGCUCAGGGUGCUGCACGCUUCAUGGUUGGAGUUGUGGCACUGGUGGGAACUAGACAGAUUGUGAAAACACUGAGUCUGAAAGUGUUGUACGCUUGGUACAGAGUGCCAAGAACUGAUGAGAGUGCCAGGAGGAGGAAAGAGAUUGAAGUGCCGUCAAAGUUCACCACAUAUACAGCCAUUGGACUCGUUAACUCGAUAUUGGUCAACAGAUUCUUUGCUCUACUUGGACUGCUAUGACCUCGAAACAUCCUGCAAGUCUGAUCAGUGUGGUCAUCUC